GGCUGAGUAGUUUGAUAAAUAUUUAAUCGAUUUGAAAGAGCCUUUGUUGAUCGCUUAUGAUAAAAGCCUCGCGAUUUAAGUUAAACAGUUAUUAAUCGCUUACCUCACGGGCCGCAUAGAAUAGGGACAUAAAAACCCUAAUUAGUGGCAAGCUCCUAAAUAGCUCAAAUUUGCUCUACAUUUUGACUUGAGAGUCGUUCGUUUGGAAGUGAUUUUGUCCUCAAAAGACUGGAAAUUGCUUUACAAAAUGGCAACCGAAACACACAUCAAGAGACCAAUGAACGCGUUCAUGAUCUGGUCAAGCAAAAAAAGGCGCGAAUUGGCAAGAGAAAAUCCAAAGCUUCACAACUCUGAAAUAAGUAAAAUUUUGGGUUCGGAGUGGAGAAAACUCACCGAGGAUGAAAGACAAAAGUUCUUUGCGGAAGCAAAACUUUUGAAUGAACUUCAUAUGAUUGAGCACCCGAACUAUAAAUACAGACCCAAGAGAAGGAUAAAACGAAGAUCUCUGAGUCGCCAGAACUGUGAGCUGUCGUGUUUUUGCCAUGACCAUGUGGGAAAGACUUAUGCGAGUACAGCAAAUAUGGAAAAUAUUCAUUCUCCUCAUCGCGACGCCUGUCCCGAAGAAUCGGCAGAAGCACGACUUAAAGUGGAAGAACAACAAGAAGGAAAAGAGGAGGCCUUUGGCAUUUCAGAUAUAAAGGAAGAGAGACCCGACAGUCCGGCGAGCGAAACCUCGAUAAAACACAGUGUAUCCGAUAUGACUUCCGAAGAUGCUACGAACGACGAAGAUGAUGAACUAGUUCAUGAUUUUCAUCCUUCGAGUUUCCAUCCUUAUCACCCACGCGAGGGGCCUCACUUUGUGAGCUCAUUUGUGCCAAGUCAACUGUUCUGGCCUACGAAAUAUCGCAGCUAUGCCAUGCCCACGCCAACAGCUCCUGCCGCCAUCUUAUGCACGUGUUGUGCGUCCGUUCCUACAAGGGGAUUCAUUCACCAUGCACCGCAUCCAGAAGCUGUUUACUCCGCCAUUGAGAAAAGAGGACACAGGAAUUCAUCAAAAACGCCAAGUUAUAGGAAUCCAAAAUGGUAAAGACUUAUUUAUUGCGUUUUGUUAACCACAAGGCAAAUUGUUAAAAAGACAACAACUUUAAUCGAUUUAGCUCAUGUAUAUGUGUGGUUGACUGUCUAUAGUUAGCUGACAGCAUCAUAAACUUGUUAUGUUUGAACCGCAAAAAGCCAUUUUUCCACACAAAACCGCACUAUAUUACGCAUUUUAUUAUUCUUAAAAAAACGGUAACUUGUUUGUGAUAAAACGCUGCUUAGGGGCAGAUAUUUCAAUCAGCUCGUCUACCUUUCGACUAAUUUGACGUUUUGUUUUGGCAAUGUUAAAUUGCAUUUAUUAUUUUAAGCUGGUGCCAAAUAAGCUAAUCUAAAUUUAAUUGUUCGCCUAUGUCUAUUAUACAAAGUGGUUGAUAUUGCUAUUGUUUUUAAUGAACACUUGAAUUCGCAUCUGCCACGAAUAAACUACAGCGCAAAUCAACAACGAAAUAGAUUUACCCUUUUUCAGCUUUUGAACUCCUAGAAAAUCACUCUGUAUAUAAAAGUUUAAAGAAAUCUUAUCUAAACCCCAAUAACAGCGAGGGGUUGUAAAUAUAUCUAUUGAAAUAAAGCUCUGAAAAUGUAUCA